AUGUCAAACGAAAUGGAAGUCGACCCUCCCGUCGCACAGGACGACACACCGCAAUCCGGCCGGGGCUUCGAGCCCAGCACCCAAACGGGCGCAGUCGCCGUGCGCAGUAUCGAGGGAUGGAUCGUGAUCGUGUCGAAUAUCCACGAGGAGGCAUCAGAAGAGGACGUCACGGAUCUGUUCUCGGAAUACGGGGAGAUCAAAAACUUCAGUUUGAACCUUGAUCGGCGAACGGGUUACGUUAAGGGAUACGCAUUGAUCGAGUACUCGACCCUCCCCGAAGCCAGCGAGGCUAUCAAGAACCUGAACGGUGUCAAGCUGCUGGAUCAGACAAUUACCGUCGACUAUGCUUUUGUCCGCCCGCCUCCCACAGGCAAGGGUAAGGGCGGAGGACCCAAGGGCGGUGCUGGGAAUGGCGGUCGGGGUCGCAGCCGCAGCCGGGAUCGGAGUCGCAGUCCUGGUGCUGGCGCUGGCGGCGAGCGGCAAUAA